GAAGUUUAUAAUAUGACUGAGGAUAUUUAUCCAUUAUUCGGAUGGGAUGACCCUGUUCCAAAUGAGUUCAAAGAGAUUUUCUCAAAGUGCGCCAAGUAAAUAAUUGUUAUUAUUAUUUUAGUGACUAAGACUCUCGAAAGUGCAGUAGUACAUUAGAAGAAUCUUUAAGUAUUCUAGUUUUAUAUGUUUUUAGUCGUAGACGAGGAUUAUGAGAUAAUUGGAAAGAGCUCAAAUGAAAAUUCAAUCUGUCCAUUAUGCUACCAAAAUGUAUAACUAGGUCAUACUUAAUUGUAUUCCAAUCUACUUUCGUAGUAUUUUGAUGUCCAUACUCAAUGUGCUCUUACAUGUAAACAUAAAACUGCGCAACUUGCUCUAUUAAAUAAUCAAAUCUAACAUGCAUAAAUUAUGGAACGCAUCCCAGUAGACUAUGACUUAUUGGAUCUAAAUGUUAAAGUCUUUGUAGAAUUCAAAAUAUUCCAUACCAUAGCAUAAUAACCAUAUCUAAAUCUAACACAUUCAACUACACUUAAAUAAAAGAAGAAUACAUCCAUAUUAAUAGAUUAUGCUAAUCUUAGAGAGUAUUUUGGAAAGAGAUAAAAACAUCUUGUACCAUUGAUGCAAGGCAGAAUUCAACUAGAUAUACAUAUUAUAGAUACCAAUCUCAUCUAAGAAGCUAAAAAUGUUCACUCUUAUGAAUUCUUCUAUAAUGCCACCAAAGUUGUCAACGAUUACAUUUGCAUUGGCUACGAUGGAAUCUGUAUAUCUAUGUAAAGAGAAGAAGAACACAAUCAACCAUUUUUAUGUCUUAAAUCUCUACAAAUCAACCUCUCAUCUGACAUUGCUAAACAUCUUACCAAACAUUCACCUAAAUCAUCUCCAAUUGUUGAUUCCUUCCUAUUCUCACCUAAAACACGCAAUUUUACACCUUAACUUGGACCUGUACAAUCUAGAGUUCGUUUUUAAUCAUUUCAAUUAGAAGAACAAACACAACCUGAUGAAUGGACAGAAGAUAUCUAAAGUUUUGAUUCAAUACGUGGUAAUAUUGUCAAUUUUGUUAAAACUUAACACGGCAGUCGACUCAUCUAAAAACAUUUUACUACUUGCACAUAAAUUGAAUUAGAUUAACUAUUAUAAGAAAUUGGUCCACAUAUUAGUGAUCUUAUGAUUGAUCCAUAUGCUAAUUAUAUGUUUGGAAGCUUGAGUUAAAGUUGUGCUCCUCAUUAACGAUUAUAUAUUUUACAAACUGUAACAUUUUAUUUAUAAAUAUUUUUAUAGAUCUCUAAUCAUUUAGUAGAUAUUGCAUGUGAUAAAAAAGGUACUCAUGCUAUUCAAUCAUUGGUUUCUUUGAUAUCAUCAAAAUAAGAAGAAGAAAUGGUAGAAAAUAGCAUAAAAAAUCAUAUCAUUUAUUUAACUUUAGACAGUUAAGGAACACAUCUAAUUAAAAAGAUAAUUGCCAGAUUCUAAGAAGAUCGUUUAAAUUUGAUAUUUUGCAAAUUAAUGGAGAGAUUCAUUUAAGUUGUUAAUCAUCAAUUCGGACUUUGUGUUUUAAAAGAUCUUAUUACUAAAUUUAAAAAUAAUCUAGAGAAAUGCAAUUUUAUUUUAAUUAAGAUGCGUGAUUAAUUAGAUGAAAUAGUAUAAGAUCCUUUUGGGAACUAUGGUGUAUAGCAUGUGAUAGAUGUAUUUGUAUUAAUCAUAUACUUAAGGUUUAUGGUGAUUAAAAAUGCACUCCAAUAAUAGAUAAAAUUUUAUAGAAAUUAGUGUAAUUAUCAAUACACAAAUAUUCUUCAAAUGUAGUAGAAAAAUGUAUUUUGGAAACUUCAGCUAAAACUUAAAAACGAUUCAUAAAACAAUUAUCUUAAGAUAGCAUUUGUUUGGAAUUAAUGAAAAAUAAAUUUGGAACAUUUGUUCUAUAGAAGGCUCUCUAAGAGGCUGAGAAAUUAGGUGAAGGAGAAUUGUUAUAGUAAGCUCUUUUGCGAAACUUGCCUUCCAUUUAUGCUCAGAACAUUAGGCAAAAGUGGACGGAUUACUUAUUAAAGAAGUGAUUAAUUGACCU